CCGCGGAGUCUCUAACUGGCGACAGAUGGGCCACUUUCUUCUGGCCACAAAGGGGCCAGAAUGGAGCGCUCCACGGAAUACAAAUGGCAUCACCAACUCCGCUAUAUAACCUGAGAGCCCAGAGCACAGCCCCCCAGAAACAAGAAUUCAGUCCCUCACAGGAGAGAAUCCCGGGAGUUAACAGGGUUAUGAGACGAUCACUGCAAAGGACACAUUAACUAACGCAGGACUUGAAACAUGACCAAAUCGUACAGCGAGAGCGGGCUGAUGGGGGAGCCUCAGCCCCAGGGUCCCCCAAGCUGGACAGACGAGUGUCUUAGUUCUCAGGAUGAGGAACACGAGGCGGACAAGAAGGACGACGAUCUUGAAGCCAUCAACCCGGAGGAGGACUCAUUGAGGAACGGGGUUGAGGAAGAGGACGAAGAAGAAGACUUGGAAGAAGAAGAGGAGGAGGAGGAAGAAGACGAUGAUCAAAAGCCCAAGAGACGUGGUCCUAAAAAGAAGAAGAUGACUAAGGCCCGGAUGGAGCGAUUCAAACUGAGGCGCAUGAAGGCUAAUGCCCGGGAGAGAAAUCGCAUGCACGGGCUAAACGCUGCACUGGACAAUCUGCGCAAAGUGGUGCCCUGUUACUCCAAGACACAGAAACUGUCCAAAAUCGAAACUCUGCGUCUGGCCAAGAACUACAUUUGGGCUCUCUCUGAGAUACUGCGCUCCGGUAAGAGCCCGGACCUAGUGUCCUUCGUACAGACCCUCUGCAAAGGCUUAUCUCAGCCUACCACCAAUCUAGUAGCUGGCUGCCUACAGCUCAACCCUCGGACUUUCCUGCCGGAGCAGAACCAAGACAUGCCUCCCCACUUACCAUCAGCCAGUGCUUCCUUUCCCGUACAUCCUUACUCCUACCAAUCUCCAGGGCUUCCCAGCCCGCCCUAUGGAACCAUGGACAGCUCCCACAUCUUCCACGUAAAGCCGCCGCCUCACUCCUAUGGGGCGGCCCUGGAGCCCUUUUUCGAAAGUACUCUCACUGAUUGCACCAGCCCUUCCUUUGACGGACCCCUCAGUCCACCACUCAGCAUCAAUGGGAACUUCUCUUUCAAACAUGAACCCUCCACCGAGUUUGACAAAAAUUAUGCCUUUACCAUGCACUAUCCUGCAGCGUCCCUGGCAGGAGCCCAAGGCCACGGAUCAAUCUUCUCUGGCACUGCUGCCCCCCGCUGUGAGAUCCCAAUAGACAACAUUAUGUCCUAUGAUAGCCAUUCACAUCAUGAGCGAGUCAUGAGUGCCCAGCUCAAUGCCAUCUUUCACGAUUAACCCUUGAAGAGUCGCAUCGAUUUCAUGAUCAGAAGGAAAACAAAUCAACUGUGCUUACAGUGACUGUCUUGUUUACAAAGGGCAGCCCUUUGGGUACCACUGCUGCAAAGUGCAAAUAUCCCAAGCUUCAAGUGAUAUAUGUAUUUAUUGUCGUUACUGCCUUUAGGAGAAACAGGGAUGCAAAGUUCCUGUUUAUCUUAUGUAUUAUUUUCUAUAGCUCCUCUAUUUUAAAGAAAAAAAGAAAAAGUAAAGAAAAAAGAAACUACACUGUCAAUUUGGUGUAGCUGUAUUCAGAUCUUAUUAACUAUCUGAUCAGAUAACAAAAUCACAAGCAAUAAUUAGGAUCUAUGCAAUUUUUAAACUAGUAAUGGGCCAAUUAAAAUAUAUAUAAAUAUAUAUUUUUCAACCAACAUUUUACUACUUGUUACCUUUCCCAUGCUGAAUUAUUUUGUUGUGAUUUUGUACAGAAUUUUUAAUGACUUUUUAUAAUGUGGAUUUCCUAUUUUAAAACCAUGCAGCUUCAUCAAUUUUUAUACAUAUUGGAAAAGUAGAAUUAUAUCUAAUUUAUACAAAAUAAUUUAACUAAUUUAAACCAGCAGAAAAGUGCUUAGAAAGUUAUUAUGUUGCCUUAGCACUUCUUUCCUCUCUAUUUGUAAAAAUUGCACAAUUUGAGCAAUUUCUUUCCCAUUAAAGUCUUUUCCCCUACGAUAAAAACCAGACCCAUAGUUCUCAAGAUGACUCAAACUCAAGAGACUUAUUUUCUAUCAAAACAUAUCAAUUCAACACAUUACUUGCACAAACUUGUAUAUAAAUAUUUUAAGCAAAUGCCAACACCCUUUUUUGAAAUCAAAAGCUGCUUGACUAUCACAUACAAUUUGCACUGUUUCUUUUUAGUCAUAUACUGCUUUGCAUUCCAUGAUUUUACAGAGAAUUUGAAGAUAUUGAUGUUUCCAGACAAUAUAAAUGCAUGAUUUUAUACAUACUCACACAAAUCGUGUUUUGUCAUAUAUUCAUCUUAUAAAUCUGAGCCUAAAAUAAAUCAGGUUGUUAAUGUUGGGCUUUAUACUAUUGUAGUCAAUUAGUACAGUAGCUUAAAACAAAUUUGAACCAUUUAAUCCAUAAUUAGAACAAUAGCUAUUGCAUGUACAAUGCAGUUCAGAAUAAGUGCUGUCUGAAAUGUAAUGCUGGUUCAACUGGAAUCAAUUUGUACUGUAAUUUUGUUUGUAAUCCUGUAUAUUAUGGUGUAAUGCACAUUGGGAUUUUAGAAAACACUCAUCAUUUGCAAUAAAAUAGUAUUGAAUGUUU